CCUUCCUCUGUCUCCUUCCUUCCUCCCUCCACUUCUCCACCGCACCACCACCACCACAUUAUUUCGGUAACCCACCACCCGUAGCAGGGAGCGGUUACUACGCACACGUACAUCCAUCGAUCGAUCGAUCGAUCUACGGGCGGCGAGUCAUGGCGGCGUGCAGAGGAGGAGGAGGAGGGGGCGGCAAGGACGUGGACCGGAUCAAGGGCCCGUGGAGCCCGGAGGAGGACGACGCGCUGCAGCGGCUGGUGGGACGCCACGGGGCGCGCAACUGGUCGCUCAUCAGCAAGUCCAUCCCGGGGCGGUCCGGCAAGUCGUGCCGCCUCCGGUGGUGCAACCAGCUCUCGCCGCAGGUGGAGCACCGCCCCUUCACCCCCGACGAGGACGACACCAUCCUCCGCGCCCACGCAAGGUUCGGCAACAAGUGGGCCACCAUCGCCCGCCUGCUCUCCGGCCGCACCGACAACGCCAUCAAGAACCACUGGAACUCCACGCUCAAGCGCAAGUACUCCUCAUCAUCCUCGGCGUCCGCCUCCGCCUCCGCCUCCGCCUCGCCCGGUGAUGACGCGGUCGACGACGACCGCCGCCCGCUGAAGCGGACCAGCAGCGACGGGUACCCGGGGCUCUGCUUCAGCCCCGGCAGCCCGUCGGGAUCGGACCUCAGCGACUCCAGCCACCAGAGCCUCCCCUCCGUCAUGCCGUCCGCCGCCUCGCACCAGCCGCACGUCUACCGCCCGGUUGCGCGGGCCGGCGGGGUGGUCGUGCUCCCGACGGCAACUCCUCAGCCCUCGCCUCCGUCUCCACCGCCGCCGCCCCCUCCUCCUCCUCCGGCGACGUCCCUCUCGCUCUCGCUCUCCCUGCCCGGCUUGGACGCGCCCGAGCCAGCCCCGGUGGCGCAGCCUAUGCCCAUGCCCAUGCCGCCACCUCCUGUUCCUGCUCCUGUACAGCCCGCCGCAGCGCCUCAGAUGCCGCCCCCGUCCAUGCCGUUCCAUCUCCAGCCGCCCCCGCCGCCUCAACCACGCGCGGCGGCGCCCUUCAACGGGGAGUUCCUGUCGAUGAUGCAGGAGAUGAUCCGGAUCGAAGUCCGGAACUACAUGUCCGGCUUCCACCCCCGGUCGCCGACAAGCGCUUGACGACCAUGGCCAACAUCGAGUACCAGCACGCAAACAAGAAGCAGCAUCUCGAGAACAAACCAAGAUCAGUCUGCCUGCCUGCUCGACUCAAGAGAAGCAAUUAAUGAAAGAGGCGGCAAGUGAAGAGGAGAGGCGAAGAAGAAGAAGGCCUGUUUAGAUCUUGAUCUUGUUUCCCAACAAUAAUUCCUUAGUUCCAUGUGUCUUGAUUAGUUUCGUUUUCCUUGCUCGAGAUCGAUCGAUCGAUCAUGGCAGUUCGUUGGCUGUCGAGAGACUGAGACGGAGAAAACUUCGUGACUAGUGUGCCGAAUAAGCUAGGCAGUGCAGAGGCAAACAUGUUGCUUGCUGGAUAGAGACUUGUUUUUUGUACAGAGGAAAGGGAAAAAGAAAUCAAACGAGACGGGGGGAAAAAGGCGAGGCCAAGUUCAGUUCA